GUCAUACAUAAAAAAUUCCUGCCACCACACAGUUGAGUUGUGGAAACUGAAAGGGUUCACAAAUAAACAUUACACUGUCUUUUGUCUCAGAUGAGGAACAUUUCACUUUAUGGUUUUCAUUAUGGACUUUGACUCUAAGCGAGUGAUUAUCAAAGCCCGCGUUACCGAUAUUGACGGCGAACCGCAGCGGCGCUCCAACACCCUUGGGGAGGCAUUCUGCAAGCAGGUACUUGGCCGGGAGUUCCACGCACAACCUCAACCUACUGGCUAUGACCAUGUUCAUAUUCCUGGUGAAUUCGAUUCUGCUGAACCCAAAGAGAGAUGGUUCGUUUUCGACUUGAAUGUCACAGGGGAACUCAGUAAGGAGGAUGUUGCACAGAUUCCACAUCAGGUUUAUCUUGCUAGCCGCAGGGGCAAUACAUGGGAAUUCAUUCAACGUGGAUCUUGGGUGCAGAAAGCAAAAAAGGGAGCUUUACGGCUCACUUGGGGCGGCAAAGAGGAGCAAAAGUUCGUAGCUAGGAUGAGAAACCAAAUGAUAGUGGAAAGCACAGAGUGAAUUCCUAAUCUGGCACACUUCCCAUUCAGU